AUGAUAGCAGGAGCAGUAGCUAUAGUCCUCCAGGUAAUAGCAGUAGUAGAGCAUAGCAGUAGCUACAGUCCUCCAGGUAAUAGCAGUAGUAGAGGUAAUACAAAUACUGGUACUAACCAUGAUAGCAGGAGCAGUAGCUACAGUCCUCCAGGUAAUAGCAGUAGUAGAGGUAAUACAAAUACUGGUGCUAACAACGAUAGCAGGAGCAGUAGCUACAGUCCUCCAGGUAAUAGCAGUAGUAGAGGUAAUACAAAUACUGGUGCUAACAACGAUAGCAGUAGCUACAGUCCUCCAGGUAAUAGCAGUAGUAGAGGUAAUACAAAUACUGGUGCUAACCAUGAUAGCAGUAGCAGUAGCUACAGUCCUCCAGGUAAUAGCAGUAGUAGAGGUAAUACAAAUACUGGUGCUAACAACGAUAGCAGCAGUAGCUACAGUCCUCCAGGUAAUAGCAGUAGUAGAGGUAAUACAAAUACUGGUGCUAACAAUGAUAGCAGGAGCAGUAGCUACAGUCCUCCAGGUAAUAGCAGUAGUAGAGGUAAUACAAAUACUGGUACUAACCAUGAUAGCAGGAGCAGUAGCUACAGUCCUCCAGGUAAUAGCAGUAGUAGAGGUAAUACAAAUACUGGUGCUAACAACGAUAGCAGUAGCAGUAGCUACAGUCCUCCAGGUAAUAGCAGUAGUAGAGGUAAUACAAAUACUGGUGCUAACAACGAUAGCAGCAGUAGCUACAGUCCUCCAGGUAAUAGCAGUAGUAGAGGUAAUACAAAUACUGGUGCUAACCAUGAUAGCAGCAGUAGCUAUAGUCCUCCAGGUAAUAGCAGUAGUAGAGGUAAUACAAAUACUGGUGCUAACAACGAUAGCAGUAGCUACAGUCCUCCAGGUAAUAGCAGUAGUAGAGGUAAUACAAAUACUGGUGCUAACCAUGAUAGCAGGAGCAGUAGCUACAGUCCUCCAGGUAAUAGCAGUAGUAGAGGUAAUACAAAUACUGGUGCUAACAACGAUAGCAGUAGCAGUAGCUAUAGUCCUCCAGGUAAUAGCAGUAGUAGAGGUAAUACAAAUACUGGUGCUAACAAUGAUAGCAGUAGCUAUAGUCCUCCAGGUAAUAGCAGUAGUAGAGGUAAUACAAAUACUGGUGCUAACCAUGAUAGCAGGAGCAGUAGCUACAGUCCUCCAGGUAAUAGCAGUAGUAGAGGUAAUACAAAUACUGGUGCUAACAACGACAGCAGUAGCUACAGUCCUCCAGGUAAUAGCAGUAGUAGAGGUAAUACAAAUACUGGUGCUAACAACGACAGCAGUAGCUACAGUCCUCCAGGUAAUAGCAGUAGUAGAGGUAAUACAAAUACUGGUACUAACCAUGAUAGCAGGAGCAGUAGCUACAGUCCUCCAGGUAAUAGCAGUAGUAGAGGUAAUACAAAUACUGGUGCUAACCAUGAUAGCAGGAGCAGUAGCUAUAGUCCUCCAGGUAAUAGCAGUAGUAGAGGUAAUACAAAUACUGGUAUUAACCAUGAUAGCAGGAGCAGUAGCUAUAGUCCUCCAGGUAAUAGCAGUAGUAGAGGUAAUACAAAUACUGGUACUAACCAUGAUAGCGGUAGCUACAGUCCUCCAGGUAAUAGCAGUAGUAGAGGUAAUACAAAUACUGGUGCUAACAACGAUAGCAGUAGCUACAGUCCUCCAGGUAAUAGCAGUAGUAGAGGUAAUACAAAUACUGGUGCUAACAACGAUAGCAGUAGCUAUAGUCCUCCAGGUAAUAGCAGUAGUAGAGGUAAUACAAAUACUGGUAAUAACCAUGAUAGCAGGAGCAGUAGCUACAGUCCUCCAGGUAAUAGCAGUAGUAGAGGUAAUACAAAUACUGGUACUAACCAUGAUAGCAGGAGCAGUAGCUACAGUCCUCCAGGUAAUAGCAGUAGUAGAGGUAAUACAAAUACUGGUGCUAACAACGAUAGCAGUAGCUACAGUCCUCCAGGUAAUAGCAGUAGUAGAGGUAAUACAAAUACUGGUGCUAACAACGAUAGCAGUAGCAGUAGCUAUGGUCCUCCAGGUAAUAGCAGUAGUAGAGGUAAUACAAAUACUGGUGCUAACCAUGAUAGCAGGAGCAGUAGCUAUAGUCCUCCAGGUAAUAGCAGUAGUAGAGGUAAUACAAAUACUGGUGCUAACCAUGAUAGCAGGAGCAGUAGCUAUAGUCCUCCAGGUAAUAGCAGUAGUAGAGGUAAUACAAAUACUGGUAUUAACCAUGAUAGCAGGAGCAGUAGCUAUAGUCCUCCAGGUAAUAGCAGUAGUACAGGUAAUACAAAUACUGGUACUAACCAUGAUAGCGGUAGCUACAGUCCUCCAGGUAAUAGCAGAAGUAGAGGUAAUACAAAUACUGGUGCUAACAACGAUAGCAGUAGCUACAGUCCUCCAGGUAAUAGCAGUAGUAGAGGUAAUACAAAUACUGGUGCUAACCAUGAUAGCAGGAGCAGUAGCUAUAGUCCUCCAGGUAAUAGCAGUAGUAGAGGUAAUACAAAUACUGGUGCUAACAAUGAUAGCAGGAGCAGUAGCUACAGUCCUCCAGGUAAUAGCAGUAGUAGAGGUAAUACAAAUACUGGUACUAACCAUGAUAGCAGGAGCAGUAGCUACAGUCCUCCAGGUAAUAGCAGUAGUAGAGGUAAUACAAAUACUGGUGCUAACAACGAUAGCAGUAGCUACAGUCCUCCAGGUAAUAGCAGUAGUAGAGGUAAUACAAAUACUGGUGCUAACAACGAUAGCAGUAGCUAUGGUCCUCCAGGUAAUAGCAGUAGUAGAGGUAAUACAAAUACUGGUGCUAACCAUGAUAGCAGGAGCAGUAGCUAUAGUCCUCCAGGUAAUAGCAGUAGUAGAGGUAAUACAAAUACUGGUGCUAACCAUGAUAGCAGGAGCAGUAGCUAUAGUCCUCCAGGUAAUAGCAGUAGUAGAGGUAAUACAAAUACUGGUAUUAACCAUGAUAGCAGGAGCAGUAGCUAUAGUCCUCCAGGUAAUAGCAGUAGUAGAGGUAAUACAAAUACUGGUACUAACCAUGAUAGCGGUAGCUACAGUCCUCCAGGUAAUAGCAGUAGUACAGGUAAUACAAAUACUGGUGCUAACAACGAUAGCAGUAGCUACAGUCCUCCAGGUAAUAGCAGUAGUAGAGGUAAUACAAAUACUGGUGCUAACAACGAUAGCAGUAGCUAUAGUCCUCCAGGUAAUAGCAGUAGUAGAGGUAAUACAAAUACUGGUAAUAACCAUGAUAGCAGGAGCAGUAGCUACAGUCCUCCAGGUAAUAGCAGUAGUAGAGGUAAUACAAAUACUGGUACUAACCAUGAUAGCAGGAGCAGUAGCUAUAGUCCUCCAGGUAAUAGCAGUAGUAGAGGUAAUACAAAUACUGGUGCUAACAAUGAUAGCAGGAGCAGUAGCUACAGUCCUCCAGGUAAUAGCAGUAGUAGAGGUAAUACAAAUACUGGUGCUAACAACGAUAGCAGUAGCUACAGUCCUCCAGGUAAUAGCAGUAGUAGAGGUAAUACAAAUACUGGUGCUAACAACGAUAGCAGUAGCUAUAGUCCUCCAGGUAAUAGCAGUAGUAGAGGUAAUACAAAUACUGGUAAUAACCAUGAUAGCAGGAGCAGUAGCUACAGUCCUCCAGGUAAUAGCAGUAGUAGAGGUAAUACAAAUACUGGUACUAACCAUGAUAGCAGGAGCAGUAGCUACAGUCCUCCAGGUAAUAGCAGUAGUAGAGGUAAUACAAAUACUGGUGCUAACAACGAUAGCAGUAGCUACAGUCCUCCAGGUAAUAGCAGUAGUAGAGGUAAUACAAAUACUGGUGCUAACAACGAUAGCAGUAGCUAUGGUCCUCCAGGUAAUAGCAGUAGUAGAGGUAAUACAAAUACUGGUGCUAACCAUGAUAGCAGGAGCAGUAGCUAUAGUCCUCCAGGUAAUAGCAGUAGUAGAGGUAAUACAAAUACUGGUGCUAACCAUGAUAGCAGGAGCAGUAGCUUUAGUCCUCCAGGUAAUAGCAGUAGUAGAGGUAAUACAAAUACUGGUAUUAACCAUGAUAGCAGGAGCAGUAGCUAUAGUCCUCCAGGUAAUAGCAGUAGUACAGGUAAUACAAAUACUGGUACUAACCAUGAUAGCGGUAGCUACAGUCCUCCAGGUAAUAGCAGAAGUAGAGGUAAUACAAAUACUGGUGCUAACAACGAUAGCAGUAGCUACAGUCCUCCAGGUAAUAGCAGUAGUAGAGUUAAUACAAAUACUGGUGCUAACAACGAUAGCAGUAGCUAUAGUCCUCCAGGUAAUAGCAGUAGUAGAGGUAAUACAAAUACUGGUAAUAACCAUGAUAGCAGGAGCAGUAGCUAUAGUCCUCCAGGUAAUAGCAGUAGUAGAGGUAAUACAAAUACUGGUGCUAACAAUGAUAGCAGGAGCAGUAGCUACAGUCCUCCAGGUAAUAGCAGUAGUAGAGGUAAUACAAAUACUGGUACUAACCAUGAUAGCAGGAGCAGUAGCUACAGUCCUCCAGGUAAUAGCAGUAGUAGAGGUAAUACAAAUACUGGUGCUAACAACGAUAGCAGUAGCUACAGUCCUCCAGGUAAUAGCAGUAGUAGAGGUAAUACAAAUACUGGUGCUAACAACGAUAGCAGUAGCUAUGGUCCUCCAGGUAAUAGCAGUAGUAGAGGUAAUACAAAUACUGGUGCUAACCAUGAUAGCAGGAGCAGUAGCUAUAGUCCUCCAGGUAAUAGCAGUAGUAGAGGUAAUACAAAUACUGGUGCUAACCAUGAUAGCAGGAGCAGUAGCUAUAGUCCUCCAGGUAAUAGCAGUAGUAGAGGUAAUACAAAUACUGGUAUUAACCAUGAUAGCAGGAGCAGUAGCUAUAGUCCUCCAGGUAAUAGCAGUAGUAGAGGUAAUACAAAUACUGGUACUAACCAUGAUAGCGGUAGCUACAGUCCUCCAGGUAAUAGCAGUAGUAGAGGUAAUACAAAUACUGGUGCUAACAACGAUAGCAGUAGCUACAGUCCUCCAGGUAAUAGCAGUAGUAGAGGUAAUACAAAUACUGGUGCUAACAACGAUAGCAGUAGCUAUAGUCCUCCAGGUAAUAGCAGUAGUAGAGGUAAUACAAAUACUGGUAAUAACCAUGAUAGCAGGAGCAGUAGCUACAGUCCUCCAGGUAAUAGCAGUAGUAGAGGUAAUACAAAUACUGGUACUAGCCAUGAUAGCAGGAGCAGUAGCUAUAGUCCUCCAGGUAAUAGCAGUAGUAGAGGUAAUACAAAUACUGGUGCUAACAAUGAUAGCAGGAGCAGUAGCUACAGUCCUCCAGGUAAUAGCAGUAGUAGAGGUAAUACAAAUACUGGUACUAACCAUGAUAGCAGGAGCAGUAGCUACAGUCCUCCAGGUAAUAGCAGUAGUAGAGGUAAUACAAAUACUGGUGCUAACAACGAUAGCAGUAGCUACAGUCCUCCAGGUAAUAGCAGUAGUAGAGGUAAUACAAAUACUGGUGCUAACAACGAUAGCAGUAGCUAUGGUCCUCCAGGUAAUAGCAGUAGUAGAGGUAAUACAAAUACUGGUGCUAACCAUGAUAGCAGGAGCAGUAGCUAUAGUCCUCCAGGUAAUAGCAGUAGUAGAGGUAAUACAAAUACUGGUGCUAACAACGAUAGCAGUAGCUACAGUCCUCCAGGUAAUAGCAGUAGUAGAGGUAAUACAAAUACUGGUACUAACAAUGAUAGCAGGAGCAGUAGCUACAGUCCUCCAGGUAAUAGCAGUAGUAGAGGUAAUACAAAUACUGGUAUUAACCAUGAUAGCAGGAGCAGUAGCUACAGUCCUCCAGGUAAUAGCAGUAGUAGAGGUAAUACAAAUACUGGUAUUAACCAUGAUAGCAGGAGCAGUAGCUAUAGUCCUCCAGGUAAUAGCAGUAGUAGAGGUAAUACAAAUACUGGUAUUAACCAUGAUAGCAGGAGCAGUAGCUAUAGUCCUCCAGGUAAUAGCAGUAGUAGAGGUAAUACAAAUACUGGUACUAACCAUGAUAGCGGUAGCUACAGUCCUCCAGGUAAUAGCAGUAGUAGAGGUAAUACAAAUACUGGUGCUAACAACGAUAGCAGUAGCUAUAGUCCUCCAGGUAAUAGCAGUAGUAGAGGUAAUACAAAUACUGGUACUAACCAUGAUAGCAGGAGCAGUAGCUACAGUCCUCCAGGUAAUAGCAGUAGUAGAGGUAAUACAAAUACUGGUGCUAAACAUGAUAGCAGGAGCAGUAGCUAUAGUCCUCCAGGUAAUAGCAGUAGUAGAGGUAGUACAAAUACUGGUGCUAACCAUGAUAGCAGGAGCAGUAGCUAUAGUCCUCCAGGUAAUAGCAGUAGUAGAGGUAAUACAAAUACUGGUAUUAACCAUGAUAGCAGGAGCAGUAGCUAUAGUCCUCCAGGUAAUAGCAGUAGUAGAGGUAAUACAAAUACUGGUACUAACCAUGAUAGCGGUAGCUACAGUCCUCCAGGUAAUAGCAGUAGUAGAGGUAAUACAAAUACUGGUGCUAACAACGAUAGCAGUAGCUACAGUCCUCCAGGUAAUAGCAGUAGUAGAGGUAAUACAAAUACUGGUGCUAACAACGAUAGCAGUAGCUAUAGUCCUCCAGGUAAUAGCAGUAGUAGAGGUAAUACAAAUACUGGUAAUAACCAUCAUAGCAGGAGCAGUAGCUACAGUCCUCCAGGUAAUAGCAGUAGUAGAGGUAAUACAAAUACUGGUACUAACCAUGAUAGCAGGAGCAGUAGCUAUAGUCCUCCAGGUAAUAGCAGUAGUAGAGGUAAUACAAAUACUGGUGCUAACAAUGAUAGCAGGAGCAGUAGCUACAGUCCUCCAGGUAAUAGCAGUAGUAGAGGUAAUACAAAUACUGGUACUAACCAUGAUAGCAGGAGCAGUAGCUACAGUCCUCCAGGUAAUAGCAGUAGUAGAGGUAAUACAAAUACUGGUGCUAACAACGAUAGCAGUAGCUACAGUCCUCCAGGUAAUAGCAGUAGUAGAGGUAAUACAAAUACUGGUGCUAACAACGAUAGCAGUAGCUAUGGUCCUCCAGGUAAUAGCAGUAGUAGAGGUAAUACAAAUACUGGUGCUAACCAUGAUAGCAGGAGCAGUAGCUAUAGUCCUCCAGGUAAUAGCAGUAGUAGAGGUAAUACAAAUACUGGUGCUAACCAUGAUAGCAGGAGCAGUAGCUAUAGUCCUCCAGUUAAUAGCAGUAGUAGAGGUAAUACAAAUACUGGUAUUAACCAUGAUAGCAGGAGCAGUAGCUAUAGUCCUCCAGGUAAUAGCAGUAGUAGAGGUAAUACAAAUACUGGUACUAACCAUGAUAGCGGUAGCUACAGUCCUCCAGGUAAUAGCAGUAGUAGAGGUAAUACAAAUACUGGUGCUAACAAUGAUAGCAGUAGCUACAGUCCUCCAGGUAAUAGCAGUAGUAGAGGUAAUACAAAUACUGGUGCUAACAACGAUAGCAGUAGCUAUAGUCCUCCAGGUAAUAGCAGUAGUAGAGGUAAUACAAAUACUGGUAAUAACCAUGAUAGCAGGAGCAGUAGCUACAGUCCUCCAGGUAAUAGCAGUAGUAGAGGUAAUACAAAUACUGGUACUAACCAUGAUAGCAGGAGCAGUAGCUAUAGUCCUCCAGGUAAUAGCAGUAGUAGAGGUAAUACAAAUACUGGUGCUAACAAUGAUAGCAGGAGCAGUAGCUACAGUCCUCCAGGUAAUAGCAGUAGUAGAGGUAAUACAAAUACUGGUACUAACCAUGAUAGCAGGAGCAGUAGCUACAGUCCUCCAGGUAAUAGCAGUAGUAGAGGUAAUACAAAUACUGGUGCUAACAACGAUAGCAGUAGCUACAGUCCUCCAGGUAAUAGUAGUAGUAGAGGUAAUACAAAUACUGGUGCUAACAACGAUAGCAGUAGCUAUAGUCCUCCAGGUAAUAGCAGUAGUAGAGGUAAUACAAAUACUGGUGCUAACCAUGAUAGCAGGAGCAGUAGCUAUAGUCCUCCAGGUAAUAGCAGUAGUAGAGGUAAUACAAAUACUGGUGCUAACAACGAUAGCAGUAGCUACAGUCCUCCAGGUAAUAGCAGUAGUAGAGGUAAUACAAAUACUGGUGCUAACAACGAUAGCAGUAGCUACAGUCCUCCAGGUAAUAGCAGUAGUAGAGGUAAUACAAAUACUGGUACUAACCAUGAUAGCAGGAGCAGUAGCUACAGUCCUCCAGGUAAUAGCAGUAGUAGAGGUAAUACAAAUACUGGUGCUAACAACGAUAGCAGUAGCUAUAGUCCUCCAGGUAAUAGCAGUAGUAGAGGUAAUACAAAUACUGGUGCUAACAACGAUAGCAGUAGCUAUAGUCCUCCAGGUAAUAGCAGUAGUAGAGGUAAUACAAAUACUGGUGCUAACAACGAUAGCAGUAGCUAUAGUCCUCCAGGUAAUAGCAGUAGUAGAGGUAAUACAAAUACUGGUGCUAACAACGAUAGCAGUAGCUACAGUCCUCCAGGUAAUAGCAGUAGUAGAGGUAAUACAAAUACUGGUGCUAACAACGAUAGCAGUAGCUACAGUCCUCCAGGUAAUAGCAGUAGUAGAGGUAAUACAAAUACUGGUGCUAACAACGAUAGCAGGAGCAGUAGCUACAGUCCUCCAGGUAAUAGCAGUAGUAGAGGUAAUACAAAUACUGGUGCUAACAAUGAUAGCAGGAGCAGUAGCUACAGUCCUCCAGGUAAUAGCAGUAGUAGAGGUAAUACAAAUACUGGUACUAACCAUGAUAGCAGGAGCAGUAGCUACAGUCCUCCAGGUAAUAGCAGUAGUAGAGGUAAUACAAAUACUGGUGCUAACAACGACAGCAGUAGCUACAGUCCUCCAGGUAAUAGCAGUAGUAGAGGUAAUACAAAUACUGGUGCUAACAAUGAUAGCAGUAGCAGUAGCUACAGUCCUCCAGGUAAUAGCAGUAGUAGAGGUAAUACAAAUACUGGUACUAACAACGACAGCAGUAGCUACAGUCCUCCAGGUAAUAGCAGUAGUAGAGGUAAUACAAAUACUGGUGCUAACAACGACAGCAGUAGCUACAGUCCUCCAGGUAAUAGCAGUAGUAGAGGUAAUACAAAUACUGGUGCUAACAACGACAGCAGUAGCUACAGUCCUCCAGGUAAUAGCAGUAGUAGAGGUAAUACAAAUACUGGUACUAACCAUGAUAGCAGGCGCAGUAGCUACAGUCCUCCAGGUAAUAGCAGUAGUAGAGGUAAUACAAAUACUGGUGCUAACAACGAUAGCAGUAGCUACAGUCCUCCAGGUAAUAGCAGUAGUAGAGGUAAUACAAAUACUGGUGCUAACAACGAUAGCAGUAGCUAUAGUCCUCCAGGUAAUAGCAGUAGUAGAGGUAAUACAAAUACUGGUGCUAACAACGAUAGCAGUAGCUAUAGUCCUCCAGGUAAUAGCAGUAGUAGAGGUAAUACAAAUACUGGUGCUAACAACGAUAGCAGUAGCUAUAGUCCUCCAGGUAAUAGCAGUAGUAGAGGUAAUACAAAUACUGGUGCUAACCAUGAUAGCAGGAGCAGUAGCUAUAGUCCUCCAGGUAAUAGCAGUAGUAGAGGUAAUACAAAUACUGGUGCUAACAACGAUAGCAGUAGCUACAGUCCUCCAGGUAAUAGCAGUAGUAGAGGUAAUACAAAUACUGGUAUUAACCAUGAUAGCAGGAGCAGUAGCUACAGUCCUCCAGGUAAUAGCAGUAGUAGAGGUAAUACAAAUACUGGUGCUAACAACGAUAGCAGUAGCUAUAGUCCUCCAGGUAAUAGCAGUAGUAGAGGUAAUACAAAUACUGGUGCUAACAAUGAUAGCAGUAGCAGUAGCUACAGUCCUCCAGGUAAUAGCAGUAGUAGAGGUAAUACAAAUACUGGUACUAACAACGACAGCAGUAGCUACAGUCCUCCAGGUAAUAGCAGUAGUAGAGGUAAUACAAAUACUGGUGCUAACAACGACAGCAGUAGCUACAGUCCUCCAGGUAAUAGCAGUAGUAGAGGUAAUACAAAUACUGGUGCUAACAACGACAGCAGUAGCUACAGUCCUCCAGGUAAUAGCAGUAGUAGAGGUAAUACAAAUACUGGUACUAACCAUGAUAGCAGGAGCAGUAGCUACAGUCCUCCAGGUAAUAGCAGUAGUAGAGGUAAUACAAAUACUGGUGCUAACAACGAUAGCAGUAGCUACAGUCCUCCAGGUAAUAGCAGUAGUAGAGGUAAUACAAACACUGGUGCUAACAAUGAUAGCAGGAGCAGUAGCUACAGUCCUCCAGGUAAUAGCAGUAGUAGAGGUAAUACAAAUACUGGUGCUAACAACAAUAGCAGUAGCUACAGUCCUCCAGGUAAUAGCAGUAGUAGAGGUAAUACAAAUACUGGUAAUAACCAUGAUAGCAGGAGCAGUAGCUACAGUCCUCCAGGUAAUAGCAGUAGUAGAGGUAAUACAAAUACUGGUACUAACCAUGAUAGCAGGAGCAGUAGCUAUAGUCCUCCAGGUAAUAGCAGUAGUAGAGGUAAUACAAAUACUGCUACUAACAAUGAUAGCAGUAGCUACAGUCCUCCAGGUAAUAGCAGUAGUAGAGGUAAUACAAAUACUGGUGCUAACAAUGAUAGCAGUAGCAGUAGCUACAGUCCUCCAGGUAAUAGCAGUAGUAGAGGUAAUACAAAUACUGGUAUUAACCAUGAUAGCAGGAGCAGUAGCUACAGUCCUCCAGGUAAUAGCAGUAGUAGAGGUAUUACACAUACUGGUACUAACCAUGAUAGCAGGAGCAGUAGCUAUAGUCCUCCAGGUAAUAGCAGUAGUAGAGGUAAUACAAAUACUGGUGCUAACAACGAUAGCAGUAGCUAUUGUCCUCCAGGUAAUAGCAGUAGUAGAGGUAAUACAAAUACUGGUACUAACCAUGAUAGCAGGAGCAGUAGCUAUAGUCCUCCAGGUAAUAGCAGUAGUAGAGGUAAUACAAAUACUGGUACUAACCAUGAUAGCAGGAGCAGUAGCUAUAGUCCUCCAGGUAAUAGCAGUAGUAGAGGUAAUACAAAUACUGGUGCUAACAAUGAUAGCAGUAGCUACAGUCCUCCAGGUAAUAGCAGUAGUAGAGGUAAUACAAAUACUGGUGCUAACAACGAUAGCAGGAGCAGUAGCUACAGUCCUCCAGGUAAUAGCAGUAGUAGAGGUAAUACAAAUACUGGUGCUAACAAUGAUAGCAGGAGCAGUAGCUACAGUCCUCCAGGUAAUAGCAGUAGUAGAGGUAAUACAAAUACUGGUACUAACCAUGAUAGCAGGAGCAGUAGCUACAGUCCUCCAGGUAAUAGCAGUAGUAGAGGUAAUACUAAUACUGGUGCUAACAACGAUAGCAGUAGAUAUGGUCCUCCAGGUAAUAGCAGUAGUAGAGGUAAUACAAAUACUGUUAUUAACCAUGAUAGCAGGAGCAGUAGCUACAGUCCUCCAGGUAAUAGCAGUAGUAGAGGUAAUACAAAUACUGGUAUUAACCAUGAUAGCAGGAGCAGUAGCUACAGUCCUCCAGGUAAUAGCAGUAGUAGAGGUAAUACAAAUACUGGUAAUAACCAUGAUAGCAGGAGCAGUAGCUACAGUCCUCCAGGUAAUAGCGGUAGUAGAGGUAAUACAAAUACUGGUGCUAACAACGAUAGCAGUAGCUACAGUCCUCCAGGUAUUAGCAGUAGUAGAGGUAAUACAAAUACUGGUACUAACCAUGAUAGCAGGAGCAGUAGCUACAGUCCUCCAGGUAAUAGCAGUAGUAGAGGUAAUACAAAUACUGGUGCUAACAACGAUAGCAGUAGCUAUAGUCCUUCAGGUAAUAGCAGUAGUAGAGGUAAUACAAAUACUGGUGCUAACAAUGAUAGCGGUAGCAGUAGCUACAGUCCUCCAGGUAAUAGCAGUAGUAGAGGUAAUACAAAUACUGGUAUUAACCAUGAUAGCAGGAGCAGUAGCUAUAGUCCUCCAGGUAAUAGCAGUAGUAGAGGUAAUACAAAUACUGGUGCUAACAACGAUGGCAGUAGCUACAGUCCUCCAGGUAAUAGCAGUAGUAGAGGUAAUACAAAUACUGGUACUAACCAUGAUAGCAGGAGCAGUAGCUACAGUCCUCCAGGUAAUAGCAGUAGUAGAGGUAAUACAAAUACUGGUGCUAACAACGAUAGCAGUAGCUACAGUCCUCCAGGUAAUAGCAGUAGUAGAGGUAAUACAAAUACUGGUACUAACCACGAUAGCAGGAGCAGUAGCUAUAGUCCUCCAGCCACUUUAGACAUGAAGGAAGGGUUAGUUCUUAACAAUAUCAUAUCUUUAUGGAAAAUAAUGUAUGGAGGCUUGGAGGACAAUGCCUGCAAUCCAACCCUUUUUGCAGAGGUUAUCGCAACAAGAAAGGCUGUUUUCCAUGAUAAAAAUUUUAUAUUGCAAGAAUCAGCUGGUUUGAAAGGAUUUUGA